AUGUAUUCUUUCAGCGAAAACCCUGAUACACAUUUUAAUAUUAUCAAUGUUUAUCGAGCACCAAACAUUAUAUCAACCAAAUUUAAUGACUUUCUAGAUGAAUUUCAAAACUGCAUAGGAAAUACCAAUUACACCAUCGAUGAUUGGCUUGAAAGACUUAAAGAAAGGACCGUGGAAUCGUACAAAUCAUCAAAUAUAAAACGUAAGAAUAACCAGCACUGGAUCGAUAAAGAAGUUAUUGAGGCAGUGAAGGUUAAAAAUGGUUGGUUUUCAAAAUGGUCACGUGAUAGUUCCAAUACAUUCUUAGAACAUCAAUAUAAAUAUUAUCGCAAUAAGGUUACAAGCAUGCGUAGAUAUAAAAAACAAAAAUAUUUUGAAAAAGAGCUUGCAGAACAUUGUACAGAUUCCUCGAAAAUAUGGCAAUGCAUAAAUAAUAUGUUAUAUAACAGAGUCAGUAAUAAAAGUGGUGUUGAUUUACUAAAAGGAUUGUCAGAGCAGGAUGCUGAAAUAAAAAUUAAUAAUUUAAAUAAACAUUUUGCUGGAAUUGGUGAAUCAAUGACAAAAAAUUUUGAAAAUUCUCUUAAUUUAUCGAAUAAUCUGAUUAAAAUAUGCAAUGAGUAUUUAUGUGAUUCAAUUGCUUUAAUAAUUAAUAAAUCGCUCGCUGAGGGUGCUUUUCCUGAAGCCUUAAAACUGGGAAGAAUUGUUUCAAUUUUCAAAUCUGGUGAUAAGAGUGAUUAUAAUAAUUAUAGACCAAUUUGUACUCCUGGCACAUCUAAAAUUAUAGAAAAAGUUGUAUACACACAGGUCUCUCGAUUUCUCGAAAAUAACAAGAUUCUUUCAAAAACGCAAUAUGGUUACAGAAUCAAAUCCACCACCGAAACUGCUGUAGGUGAUAUGAUCAAUCGUGUUCAAAACCUAAAAGAUGCUAAUAAAAUGGUUUCAUUAUUAUUUAUGGAUCUGUCAAAGGCCUUCGACACAGUUGAUCAUAAAAUACUGCUGAUGAAAUUACGUAGUAAUGGAAUUAAAGGGUUGGCUAACAAAUGGUUUUCAUCUUAUCUACAAAAUCGGAAACAAUUUACACAUAUUGGUGCCAAUAAAAGCGAAAAUUAA